CUCAUCUGCUUAAGCACAGGCUGACUGAACGGACCUGUGUCUGUGUGGACGACUGAGACAGAAAGAGAGCAGGGAAUGCCAUACCUGGAAACAGACACCAAUCUGCUCUACCUCGCUCUCAGGCUCCAGUACACUGUGGAUGAGGAUUUUUGUCACCUGUGCAAUACUUGGGCAUAUUUGCUGCGUCCAGACAGAUUAAACCAAAAGGAGAGACAUUUUGAGAAAGUGGUGUUACUUAAGUUAGCACCAGAGUGGGUGCAUAAGUGCUUUGGCUUCAGCUGCAAGGGGAGUUUGAUGUGAGAGUGUAUGAGUGUGUUAGUGUGUAUUUGUGUCAUGCCUCCAGCUUCGGGUGCGGUCUGUUGCUACGCUGCAUCUUACUUCUGUCUCUAGUAUGUACAGAUGUUUGGAGCAGUGAAGCUGGCACCUGGCUUGGAGUUUAACACCGUCUGGACUGGAGGGGUUACAUCUACCCUUUCUAACCCAGAGGAGGGAGCACUGGGCUGGGAAUCCAGCAGCCCUGCUCCUUCCUGCCGUCAACUUAGUCCUGGGUCACAGGAAGUCCUUUUAGCAAGCCAAUCAGUUGGACCAUACAAUGGAUGGAAGUCUAUGUGGAUUUAAGUGGAAUAGUGCACUGGUGCUCCAGCAUAGGUCAGAGUUCACUAGCGUGCACUGGACUCACCUGGGGAAGACAGCAGAUACGUUGGUCCACAAACCAGCAGGGACACAGCCCCACUGAUGCUGUGGAUAGACUUGAAGAAUGAUGAGCUCCAAAGAGGAGGAAACUCUACGUUUUUUCCAGUAUGUUGAGGAGAAUGGGCUGAGAGUCUACAACAGUUUGGUGGCUCAGAACUUGGACCACGCCCGGAAUGAGAGAAACAGGACCUACCUGCAAGAGAAAAACGAUAAGAAGAGAAAACAGGAGGAAGCCAUAAAGAGAACUGGCGAGGAUAUAGCAACUGAAGGAAAGCAUUUACGUAUGGGAUCCAUGACCAUGCCGGCCCCGCAGGAGCGCAUGCCUGUGCCCCACCCUCAUGCCCUCGCCUGCGGGCCGGGCUUUUCCGUGCGCUCCCAGUCACUCCAUUCCGUAGGUGGUGGGAACAGCGGGGGCGGUGGGGAGGAGGAAGUGGGAAGCCCUACCUCCAGGAAGCAGCCCCCACCCAAGCCCAGGAGAGACCCGGCCACCAAGCUGAGCAUGUCGUCAGAGGCAGUGGACCACAGUCCCACAUCCACCUGCCGUGGGGAAAGAUGUGACGCAGCUCAAGGAUGCAGCGAGGACUGCAAGAGGGUGCCUCCACCCAAACCUAAGAGGAACCCCAACACUCAGCUCAGUGUUUCCUUCGACGAGUCCUACAUCAAGAGCCAUGGAGGCAGUGGGGCUUGCACCUCCAAACCCCUGCAUCACGUCACGUCCCCCAGCGAACACAAUCCCUCACCGCCGCAGAGCGAUGAGAGCCCUACGGACGAUUGUGAAGAUGAACCUGUCUACAUUGAAAUGGGUGGGAUCGAUGUCGGAGGGCGUGAGCCCCUGAAGAGUGAGGAUGAGGAGCCAGGGGAAUCUGUGUACGAGGAGAUGAAAUACCCUGCUCUGGAUGAUAUGGAGUACCGGACUGAUCCAGUUGGAUGUCGAUCAGCAUGCCCCACCCCAGCACCCUAUGACCCUGAACCCCUCAGUCGCUGCUCCACACCUCGUAACAUUCCACUUUGUGACAUUCCUGCACCCUUCCCCAAUUUACUCACCCACCGGCCACCGCUUCUGGUAUUCCCCCCAGCCCCAGCCCAGUGCUCGCCAAACUCAGAUGAGUCUCCCCUCACUCCUCUAGAUGUAGCCAAAUUACCCAUGCUGGAGAACCAGUCCUAUAGCAAAUCCCCAACCUCCUCUACAGAGCCGCCCUCCUCUGCUCACAUACGCAGGGAGCUCACCGCUACCCCAACCCUCACUGUAUCUGGACGCUCCUCUGCACCUCCUUUACCCUGCACCCUUUACAAAUCCUCCUCAUCAUCCUCCUAUCAGCGCAGCCACUCUGCUUGCCCAUCACCGGUCAGCAUGGGGCGCUGCCUCACCCCCCUGAGUCUCAUGCGCACACCACCCUUUGACGCUACCAUGCCAUUUCCCGGGGGUCUUCCUCGGAGCGCCUCAGCUACCCCUCAUGGCAAAGGCUCACCACCCCAAGACUGUGUAGGACGGCUCCAUGGCUCUAUGCAGAAUGUGUCAACAGGGCGAUCGCGGACACCCACCAGCCCACUGGAUGAACUGACCAACCUGUUCACCACAGGAAGGAAUAUGCUGAAGAAAAAUACCAGUGGCAGGAAGUCCAAAGAGCCAGGAGAGACUGAGUCCAAGAGCAAGUCCCACAGUGAGUCCAAGCGUGAAGGCAAAGAACGUCACAGCCACAGCAAGGAGUCCAAGCGAGAGUCUAAGGAGCGUCACAGCAAAGAAUCAUCUCACCGGAGAGAUGGCAAAGACAGAGGAUCCAGUAAUGUAGAACAGCUGUCCCACAGACGCAAUAGUAAGGACCGUGGGUGCAGCAGUGUAGAGCCACCGCUUGUUCGCAGGGAUAGCAGGGACCGAGGCUGCAGCAGUGUGGAGCCUAUCCCUGUGAGACGGGACUCAAAAGACAGGGGCUGCAGCGCUGUAGAAACCAUACCAUUGGUAAGGAGGGACUCUAAGGACAAAGGAAGUAACAGUGACCUAAUGAUACGAAGAGACAGCAAAGACAGGAGUGGGGGACAUGGAAUGGAGACUUUACUGAGACAAGACAGUAAAGACAGAGAGAGACUGCUAGAUCAGCCACCUGAGCUGUUACCAAGGCAAGACAGCAAGGAACGGGCCAGAAAUGGUGUAGACAGUAGACAUGAAAGCCGAGAGAAACUGCUGGAUCAUCCACCUGAGCUCUUACAGAGGCAGGAUAGCAAAGAGAGAUCCAGGAAUGGUGUGGACUCAAAAUAUGAGAGCAGAGACAGGCCGCCUGAGCUUCUACCCCGGCAAGAUAGCAAAGAUAGAGCAAGAACUGGAGGAGAAUAUAAGCAUGACAGCAAAGAUCACCCUCCGGAGCUGUUACCUCGACAAGAUAACAAAGACAGAGCAAGGACUGGUAUAGAGCAUAGACAUGAGGGCAGAAUAGAUCAACCACCUGAGAUCCUGCCACGACAAGAAACACAUAGAAGUAGCAACAGCAAAGAUAGGAUUGGCUACAGCUCUGAAUCCAGGCUUGAGGCUAGAGAUCGAAGUUGCUACAAUGGAGCAGAUCUUCCUCCUCCUCCUCUACCCAGGCAAGAUAGUAAAGAACUGGACAGGACGGGCCUUGAAGCCAGACGGGACAGCAAAGACAGAAAUGUGAAUGGCUCAGAGCAGCAUCGUUAUGAUGUUAAAGAUGCAAAGAGUCCUAAUGGGAUGGAGUGUAGGCGUGACAGUAAAGAAAGGGGCUAUAGACCAGAGGGCACACCUCGGCGAGACAGAACAAACUACAGCAUUGACCAGUCAAAAGCACAAGAGAGGAACGGCAGCGCAGUUUCAGGGCAGCACUCAUCCAUGGCGACACCCACUCAUGGGAAACCUGCAAGUAGCCCACCAAUGGUGUUGGGAACAGGAAAUGAACUGAAAGCAGCGCCGAAGUAUGGCCGCUCACCUUCCCUGCCUGCUAACCCCUCUCCAAUGGGGACUCCACAAAGGAGAGCAGCAGAGACACAUCAAAGUCAGAUGCCCCAGAUGCCUUGGAUGUGUGGAGACAGCACCAUGCUAGAACAGAUAGAGAGGAAACGCACCCUCUGCAUGGAAAUUCGCUCCAGACAGCAUCCACACCUGCAGAGAUCUCUGGAGAGGCCUCCUCCGGACAGGAGCCAGGACCGGCACCAGGAGAGGAAUCAAGAGAGGAAUCAGUGCAAGCAAGAAAGUGUGUCUGUUCUCCCAGGUUGGGGGAAAAGCAAUGGGGCCAAAAAGAUCCGUCCUCCACCUUAUCCAACACAGACUACUGUAUUCUGGGACACGGCCAUCUGACAAAAACAACACGCUUACAGCUCCCUGCUACCCAACCCCCAAUUACCCACCCCCUUUCUCCUUUUGGCUGUGCUGAUUUGUCUCCUGUACAUCAGGGGGGUCUGGACAGCCAAUGAGAGCAUUGGAGGGACUCACUGAUGUCAAAGGACAGUGGUGGUUACCAUAGCAAUAUUUCUGCUUGUUCAGGUUGUCAUGUUUUCUUAUCAUCACCGGUGAUAUUUGAUAUUUUUCUAUUUCCUGUGACUGGAUUCUUGUAAUAUAAUUAGUAGAAUAGAUAUUUGAUGAAUAGAUAUUUUCUAAAUCAAAUGGGAAUUAAAAGCAGCUAAAAUUAUGUAUAGUAGAUGUAGAUGCAAUCCAAUGUUUGUUUUAAUGUUAUUUUUGUUUUGGUUAUUUUACAUUUGAAAGCAUACUCUAUCAAUACUUGUACUGUAGUAGCAUAAUUUUCUUAUGCGUAACUCAAUGAUUUUUUGUGCUGAAAAGCACUAAAAUGAAUGGACUAUUCAAUUCUGUCAAUAUAUACUCUGCAUUUUCACUGUUGUAUUGUAAGUUGAGGAGUUGCGUCAACGUGCUUUAGAUUUCCAAGGCCCUUCAUGGCUGGUCCAGUAUGUUCUAGAAUGUACAACAGUUGGUCCUAGAACAGAAACAGGUAACUUUGUGUGCUUCAGUUUGUAUGUUACAGUAACAAGCUGUGUAGUCACAGUGUCCGAGCCCUUUGAAGCAGUUCAGUCUUUUUUAUAGGAAAACCUGUUGGCUGGCAUAUUGUAGAGGACUGAGAAAGUGUGAAAUGUUUCUGCUGUAUUUUAAAAUUUAAUAUGAGGGUGGGUUGGGGAGGUAGUAAAUUAGAACAAACAUUAUAAACAGUAUAGUUCCCAAAACCAGCCAAAGCCUGUUAAAGUGAGAUAUGGGUGUGGUUGCACUUUGGAAGGUUGGUUAUUUGAAAUGGGGUUGGUGGCAAUAGCUGGCAAACACCGGCACCCUUACUUUGCCAUGCACACUGCAAGCACCCUAACAGUGUAAAUAAGGUGUGAUACUUGAUGCCAACAACCAGCCAGUACAAUCAACACCUGAGCUUUUAGAACAUUUCUUAAUUUUACUGCAGAUUAUAGUAGCCAUAUGCACUUGCUUAAGAAAUAACUUUCAAGAUUAUGCUUAUAUAUAUAUUUUUAAAAUGUAUGAGUAGCGAGCUGUGCCAUGUAAUUUUUUAUUUAUUGGCUGGGAGGUAAAGCCUCAGGAGACUGGUUGUCUGUGACAUGCAGUCAUCUGUGAUUGGCUGUCUGUGACAAUAUUAUCCCCAACCCAAUUGGCUGCUGAUUGGCAACCGUUUAAGAGUUAAAAUCAUAUAAGGACCUAUAGCAUGGCAUCAGCUCUACCCAGUUCCAAGGACAGGGGUUGCACAAGGGUCUAAAGAUCUUUGAGGCUUUGUAAAAAAAAAAAAAA